AUGCUGCUCCCCCUGAACAAGCACAAGAGCAAGGCCAGCCCUGGCAACACGCGUGGGAGGUACCAGCCCAUCUGCGCCCCGGGCACCCUCGCGGGCAGAGCCGCCACUUGGACGCCCAGCAGUUCCGAGAGAGCGCCACGGCACAUGGCAGUCGAGGCAAGAUUGCCUUCUUCGAUCUUUCUGAUGACGAAGACGGCUCAGUUCGUGCUCCUGCUGGACAGCCCUUCCAAGACGCCGCCACCCUCUUCUCUUCGUCAACUUCCAAGAGCUCCAGCUCACAGUCGGCGUUUCAGCCCCAGCCCUUUCAUCCCGGCCACCUUGAAACGCACAGGGCACGUUUGCCUCGCCCAGCACACACCGGCUCAUCAGCCCGCGAUGCGCGGCGCCACCCCUCCCUACAUGUUGCUGGCAUCCAGCUCCACCAUCAGAAUCAGCACUAUCGGUACCAAGCACAACCUUCGUCCCACCUGCUCAUGA